CAACCUUCCACUCUCCACCUCCUCAACAACAGAGAUACCUCCCACCAUGGCCGACGACGACGACGAAUUCGGGGCCGACCCCGACUUUCUCGCCGCCCUAGCCGCCUCCGACAACCCCCCUCCCACCACCCGCAUCACCCAACCCACGCCCCAACGCCUCGACCCUCCUCCCCCCACCACCACCACAACACCCUCCAGCACCAAGAUCGUCCAACCAACCCCCCAAGCCCUGCCCUCUCGCUCCAGCGGCUCCGCAAUCUACGUCUCCCACCGACAGAAGGGAAACCCCAUGCUCUCGCACCUGCGCGCGCAGCCGUGGGAAUGGCGCGACACGCCUGCGGACUAUGUGCUGGGCAACACGACUUGCGCGCUGUUUCUGAGUCUGAAGUACCACCGCUUGCACCCGGAGUAUGUGUAUAACCGCAUCCGCGGACUGGGAGGGAAAUACGCGCUCCGCGUGCUGUUGACACUGGUAGAUAUCCCGAACCACGAGGAGUCUGUCAAAGAGCUCAGCAAAACCGGGCUAGUGAACAACGUAACCGUGAUCCUCUGCUGGAGCGCCGCGGAGGGGGCGCGGUAUCUCGAGCUGUACAAGGGCUUCGAGCAUGCGUCUGCGGCGGGGAUAAUGGGGGUUCAGGCGAAGGGGUACGCGGAGCAGUUUGUGGAGUUUGUGACGGUGCCGAGGGGGGUGAAUAGGACGGAUGCGGUGGGGAUUGUGGGGGCGUUUGGGAGCGUGAGGGCGGCGGUUAAUGCGAGGCCGGAGGAGGUGGCGGUGUUGAGUGGGUGGGGGGAGAAGAAGGUGAGGAGGUGGACGGAGGUGGUGAGGGAGCCGUUUAGGGUGGUGAAGGCGGGGAAGAGGGGGAUGGGUGACGGGGAGGAGCGGGGGGAGGAUGAGAGGAGGGGGGAGGCAGUUGAGGCGGUGCCAGUGAGGGAUAUGGAUCAGUAUACCAGACCCAAAUCGCCGGGAAUGUCGCGAGAGUCAGAAACAGCACAAGACAAGGGCAAGGAGAAGGAGAAGGAAACACAAUCACAACCAAAGAAGCCCUUUCAGCUGCUAGAGUUAGACUCGGAUUCAGGCGGCGAGGAGGCGCUGAUCGCCGCGGAAAUGGAAGAGGAAAGGCGGCAAAAACGCCGUAAGAUAGAGGAGGAACAGAAGAGGAAAGAGGACGAGCUGAGUGGGGGUGUUGCAGCGGCGCUGGCGAAGCUGAGAAAGGAAUAGAUGAUGUUGCCACUGGCAAGGAGUUAUGGCGUUUUAUGUAUGGAUAUGGUGGGAUGGGGGUUUUAGGAAGUCAUCAACUUAGGAGUUUGAGGUCGAUAAGGGGUGUCUUAUAAUGAUAAAUCGCCA